UGGCGGGCGUUGUUGAGCUGCACGGGCGGAAGAAGUCAUUUGGCUCCGCAGUACAAGGCUGGGGAGACCUGCCUGCCUCGCGCGCUCAAACGUAUUGGAAAUGGACUGCUGCCACUACCACGGCAACGCGCGCCCUCCUGUCGUCGCGGAUACGGCUCAGCGGCGGAGAAUACGGAGGAGGCGUUGCAGUUGCCGGGAGUCAGCCUGCUCUUCGACGCACGGACCGGGAAGAACAACAAGCGAGGCGGCAAGGAUCCCGGGCUGUUCGCGCAAGAGAAGGAGGAGCGGCGGCGGCGGCGGCGGCGGCGGCGGCGGCGGCGGCGGCGGCGGCGGCGGCGGCGCAAGCAGCGCACUCCUCUGCGGCCUGUUGGGCGGGGCGCUUCUGGGAGGGGGCGGGGGACCGGCGGUAUCGGCAGCAUGGGCCGCUGCCGGUGGAGGCGCCGCUGUUUGCGGCGGGUCACAUGCCGCCAUGCAUUGUAGAUCCAACACGAUCGCCUUGAUACAGCUGGGCUCCGCGGCGAUGGGCGGAGGGUUCUGCGGGUGGGGUGAUGCCGGCGAUAGGAGAGCGGGUGUUGGGAAGGCUGCUGCUAGGAGGCCCACGGAGAAGAAGCUCGGCGGCUACACCAUAAGUGGCAGGGACCGCGGCAGGCGAUUGUGGGAAGAUUGGGAUAGAGGGCACCGGUCUUUCGCGACGGCGACGGGAGUGCAAAACAAGGAGGCCAGGAUCGCGGCGUGCGGGGGUGACGACCAGCACGAGGUCGAGAAAGAAACGUCGAGUCGCAUCCAGCCCCCCUCCCUGCCGUUGUCUGCCUCUAGCGCGGGGGGGCGUUCGUCGUCGGAAAGAAGAUUAUUACCGGAAAAUUCUUGUGAAGGAGAGCUUGCGGCCGGGGAGGAGGAGGAGAUAGGGGAAGCGGUUCUCCCCGUCGCGGCGGCGGCGGCGGUUGCGGCGGUUGCGGCGGCGGAGGUGGACCCCGCCGACCCGUUCCACGGCGAUCUCCCCCUCGCCCGGGAGCAGCGGCUGAUGAUGGCGGUGGCGGAAACGGGGUCCGCAACGGUGGAGGCAGCAGCUUCUACCGCGAGCCUGAACGGCUACAAGCGCGGUGGUGGUGCUGGUGGUGCUGGUGCUAGUGCUGGUGCCGCCGCCGCCGCCGCCGGCCAACCGCCCCCGCCUUCCACCUUUGCGGGGGGGGGCUCUCCCGCUGCCGGCACCGACGAUAGGACACGACGCGGCGGCGGCAUCAGUAGUAGCAGCAAUGGCCUACAUUGGGCCGACAGGAAGAAGGACGAUUCGGCGCGGAUGCGCAGGUACUUGCCGGGUACGAAGGGCAACGGGCAGCAGCACUCCCUCGGGGCGGCAAGAAGGGAGGAGGCUCCGCAGCCACGAUCCCCGCCCGGACGGGAGGACAAGGACCCACCCGUCGAAGGGAAGAAUGGGGUUAAGGACAUGGCUUUGGAGGCGGGAGCUAGAGCAGAGGAGCCGGCACUGCUGUCGUCUCGAAGAGAGGGUGCGGUGAACAAGACUUCUAGCGGCGGCGGCAGGGGGGAGCAACACCCUGACGACGACAAGGCAUCGGCGGAGGAUGCCUCGAUGCAGCAGCAGCGCCGUCAGCGGAAGUGCCCUCCGGCCGUGGGGUUUGUCGGCGGCUUCUGGGAUGUUCCCGUCGGUGCCCCUUCCUCCGGCCGGAGAAUAUCCACCACGGAAGCGUUGAUCCACGCCCUAAGCGAGCCGCUCAAGCCAAGCCCGCGCCACGCGGCCGGCGCAGAAGCGAGCGUUGGUCUCGGUGGAGGGGAGUUCCCGAAGACGUCAGGCCGCUGGCCGACCACUGCUAAGGCCAGCAACGGCAAGGGGGCAGCGGCGGUACAGCAAGACAGGAGCGGCGGCAGCAGCGGAGGCGCCGGCGGAGGAGGCACCGGCAGGCCGCGGCCGAACGCAAGGGACGCCUUCUCGAGGGUGGCGCUAGACGAGCGCUCCAAGGAGAUGGCUCCUCCCAACCGCAACGUGACCAUCACCUUCGAUCCGGGCGCCUCGACCCUGCUCGGGUGCAUCACCGCCAACACGGACGUGUACGGCCCCGCGCUGUGCUCGGACACGGCGGCGACGCUGACCCGGGAGGAGACGGCGGCGUACCUGGAGCGAUGGGUGCUGAUCGCCGUCAAGCACGGGGUCCUGCCGAGGGAGCUAAGGGCGUUGCUCCAGGACGAGGGCCACGACCAAAGGGGGGGCACGCCGGGCUACUACUCCGUACGGGAGGAAGGUAGAGAGAAUGCCGCUGCCUCCGGGACAGUGGGAGAGGACGGUGGUGGUCCCUACCGCGUGGGAGGGCGCAGCGGUAUCGGUGGAACAGGGUCCUCGUCUCCUCACGGCCUCGGUGGCGGCGGUGUCACGAGCGCGUCGUGGACGAAGUACGGCUGGAACCGUUUCGAUGUAGCCGCCCCUUCCCCGAGCGUGGCGGGGGACAUGCAGACGCCGCAGUCACAGACGCGGCGGCGGCGGCGGCGGCGGCAGCUGGCCUUGGACGACGAGGAGGUGGAAGAGGAGGAGGAGAUGGAGAACAUCGCCGAGGCCUUGGUCGGGGGCGGAGGGGAGGUCAACGGCGCCGCCCAUUCAGGUGCCUCAACGACGCGCGCCCCCUCCCCCGACACCCCCCUCCCGACGUCCUCAGCGGGAGCCUUGAGGACGGAGUGGCGUUACCGACACCCAGAUCCCGUCGCGGGUACCGCGGGAGGCUCCUCCUCCCCUUCCUCCUCCUUCGCUCUCGGGCGCCGAGCGGGGGGGGGGUGCUCCGGCGAGGAGCAUCAACAAGCUUCCCUGGGGUGGCGAGUGCUGGAGGUGGUCGAGGCCAGGUUCAAGUCGGGGCUGCACCCCCCGCGGAUCGUCGCGAUUGGAGACGUCCACGGCUGCGUGAACGAGAUGAAGGACUUGGUGCGGAAGGUGGAGUACUGGCCCGGCGACCUGCUCCUGUUUCUCGGCGACUUGGUGGCCAAGGGACCCAACAGCGCCGGGGUUGUGCGGACCGCGAGGGAGUUGGGAGGCGUGUCCGUGAGGGGGAACCACGAGUUUGAGGUUCUGCGGUGGCUUAAUGUGGGCGAGAAUGAGAACGGGAGGGGACCCUCCGCCCACCACCAGAUCGCCAUGUCACUCGGCGAAGACGAUGGUCUCUGGCUCAAGAAUAGCCCAUGGUACUUUCAGUGCGAAGAGCUAGACGCCCUGUUCGUCCACGCCGGCUUCACCCCGGGGGUUAGCAUGAAGAGGCAGAACCCGAGAAUGAUGAUGAACAUGCGGUCUCUCACCAUCGAAGGGGGCGCGCCUACAUCCAAAGUCGUGGAAAACAGACCCUGGGCUAGGGAGUGGGCCGGCCCGGACACAGUGUUUUUCGGACACGACGCCGCCCGCGGCCUUCAGGUUUUGGACCAAGCCAUGGGGCUGGACACGGGCUGCGUUUACGGGGGCAGACUGACGGCGUGCAUCCUGCCGGAGCGCAGGCUAGUUAGCGUGGCCAGCAAGGCUGCCUACAUGCAGUACCGGAAAAAGCGGAGAAGAAGCGUCCGGGGUAGUGGUGCAGGCGGCGGGUGGAGCGAGCAGGGGGGUAGGGGCGGUGGUGGUAACGGUAACGGUGGCACCGGCGGCGACGAGAGAAGCGACGGCCGCCUUCGCUCGCCGUACGACAAGCUAUCACCGGGGUAACGAUUAAGUCCUGUGUCGAGUAGGCUAUUUUGCGCGAGGAGAGUCGCUUUUGUGUGGUGAAGGGUGUCGGGAUGGAAUGCGACCUAAGGUUGGCGGGUACAGUGGUAUGGUAGAUAAAAAAGAUACGCAUAGUCUGUGAUGUGUGUGUGCUCCGUGGUUUUUCUUGAAGUAAAGCAGCAACAAAAUGCGAUGUUCUUGUGUGUACAAAAACACGAAGUGAUACAUCACACAGUUUGUUUCGGUGUUCAUGUCUACUUGAAAGAACAACGUGAUUGGUUGCAUCGUCGAAGCGAUUUUUCCCGUGCAUGAGUAGCAGGCGCCGGGCGGAGUCUUUCUCCUGUCGCCAAAGCCCGCCCCUGAUGCAGGGAAUGCGACAAGGAAACAAAUGUAAUCGAUGCU